GUGUAGGGGAAAGAUGAGGCCAGUGUUCUGCGGGAACUUUGAGUAUGAUGCUCGUGAAGGUGAUCUCGAGAGGCUUUUCAGAAGAUACGGCAAGGUCGACAGGGUUGAUAUGAAAGCUGGAUUUUUUUUCUUGUCGAUCUUGGGAUGCCCUUUGAUGACCUGUCCCCCCUCUCAUCCGCGAUAGCACACUACCUUCAUAUAUCCAUUUCAUUCCCCCCCCCUCGUGACUACUUUUGUACUCGUGCGCAUACCAAUUUGGUAGAAUCAUACCAACCUCUCACACCAGCUCAAAAUGUGGAGUAUGCACACCACCUUAUUUCCUGUUCACAAUUCCGUCUAUUGAAUCCCCAACGUUUUCACUUGUCGUUCCCCUUGACAUAUUAAUCCCGUAAUGCAAGGGUUUGCUUUUGUCUAUAUGGAAAACGAGAGGGAUGCUGAGGAUGCUAUCCGAGCGCUUGAUCGCUAUGAGUAUGGCCGUAAGGGACGCAGACUCCGUGUUGAGUGGACUAAGAACGAGCGUGGUGCUCCUGUGAAAUCAGGUGGUUCAAGGAGAUCAUCAAGCCUGCGUCCUUCCAAGACUCUGUUUGUGAUCAACUUCGAUGCAGAGAGCACUAGGACUCGUGACUUGGAGAGGCAUUUUGAGCCGUAUGGGAAAAUCGUUAACGUUAGGAUCAGAAGGAACUUUGCUUUUAUCCAAUACGAGUUGCAAGAAGACGCCACCAGAGCAUUGGAAGCUACAAACUCGAGUAAGCUGAUGGACAAGGUGAUCUCAGUGGAGUAUGCAAUGAAGGAUGAUGAUGCGAGAGGAAACGGAUACAGUCCCGAGAGGCGUCGUGAUAGGUCUCCCGAUAGGAGAAGGCGAUCACCUAGUCCUUACAGAAGAGAAAGAGGCAGUCCUGACUACGGUCGAGGUGCUAGUCCUGUUGGACACAGGAAGGAAAGGACUAGCCCUGAUUACGGCAGAGGAAGGCGCAGCCCCAGUCCUUACAGGAGAGGCAGGGUUAGCCCUGACUACAAGAGGGACGAUCGCAGGAGGGAGAGGGUGGCUAGCCCUGAUUACAAGAGAGAUGACCGUAGGAGGGAGAAGGAGGCUAGCCCAGAGAACGGAGCUGUGAGGGACCGUAGUCCAAGAAACGGACGUGGUGAAAGCAGGAGUCCUCCUCCGUAUGAGAAGAGGAGGGAGAGGGAGAGGGAGAGGUCAAGGUCGAAGUCUAGCCCUGAGAAUGGUCAAGUCGAAAGCCCUGGACCGAUAAUGGAAGAAGAAGAAGCUGGAAGAGGAUAUGAUGGUGCAGAAAGCCCGAUACGCGAGAGCCACUCUCGUUCGCCUCCAGCAGAAGAAUGAUGGGACUUGUCCCUGUAUGACCAAGCAGAUGAUCGCGAAGUAGCUGUUGUGUGAAGUCUGUGCUAUGAUGUUAUGUUUAGUUACUAGUGUGCUCUUUCGAGUCUUUGUUCAAGUGCUUUUGCAAACUUCAUUUACAUUUUGUUUCCAACAGAUUCGAAUUCGAUUAUUGUAGUACUGGUUAAAACUGCACUUUACUUCGGAUCACGAUUUCUCUCAGUAAUGGUUUUAUAAGCGCUU